AUGAUUGAUGUGGAACACGGAAAAGAUUAUGACUGUGUUGGUUGCGAGCGUCCGAACAAUGCAGAGUGGUACAUGGUCCAGUGCAGAGACUGCGAUCGAUGGUAUCACUUCACGUGUGCCAAAGUGAAUACAGCUACCGUUCAUACGUCAGUCUUUACGUGUGUAUUGUGUGUGCCGCGGAUUCCAGCUCCACCACCGAGCUCUGUCACAGGUCAGUCGAGUAGAUCUAGCGCGAGGAAAGCGCGAAUUGAUCGGGAACUUGAACGCCUUGAAGAAGAGAAGCGAAUGAUGGAUGAUAUGCAAAAGGAAAAGCUGGAGCAGGCCCAAGCAUUGCUAGAAAAAGCCACACAGGAGAAACUUGAACGUACAAGGCAGUAUAUCGCUAAAAAGUAUGACUUACGCAGCCUGCAGGAUGAGAAUGAGGAAAUCUCUAGCAUUCGCAGUUAUGGUACAACCCGAACAAUCGAUCGAGUAGGAGAUUGGGUAGACAACCAAGUCAUUCGCCCGGGAGACCAGACACAGACUUGCCGUCUGCUUCAAAUAGCAAUAGCAACGAAUGCAAUUGUAAGUACAGAUGCUUUUGGACAACCACCUAGCCAUACAAUAUGUGAGACCGAUCUGGAACCCCUUGUUGCUACAACGGGAAGCACCACGAUUGAGGAGAAGUUAGACGAGGAUUCAAAUGUCGUUAUCAAGGACAGAUCGUACCAUACGAUUACUCCUAUAAUUUCGCACGUGGACAUUCAGCCAUUACUGUCUCUACUGGAAGAAGCAAAGGCGACCUCUAGUGAAAUAGUAUCUCAGAAACUAGGAAAACAUGCGGAGUCAUACGAUAAAUGGCGUAACAAUAAUAUUGCGUUGCGGGAGCUAGAGUUGCAACACCAGAAAGAAAAUGAUAUUCGUCGGAAGCGAGAACUGGUACUAAUAGAAAAAAUCAAAUCUCUGGAGGUGCAGCGAGAACAAUAUGAACUCGAUCUACAGCGACGAGAAGAUGAGCUUAAGUCACAGUGGCGAAAUUUUCGAGAAGUACAAGAGAUUCGAGAAGGACGACAGCAACAGCAGUUGAUCGAAAAGGAUAAUGAGCUUCGACGUGUACAUGAAUCAGAAGAAGGAUUUAGAAAGCAAUUGAAUCAACUAAUUCAUAAGGGUCAACUGCAACAGAUGAACGAUGAGGGAGUCGAUGCAUUACCGAUAUUGGAAGAAUUGCCGGAAACACUUCGCGAGAGCUGUACAUUAUCGAAGACACUUCCUCAUCUGAAUUCAAAUAAGGUGAUGUCUGAUCAGCGGUCGUACUCGGAAGCUAUUGUCUCAGGAUUCAACGAGGAUUGGUACAACAAAGAGAUCGAGAAACUUCAUCAUUGCCGAAGACAGAAUGCGGAAACAGAAUCGAAUUUCAGUUCUGCAUCAAAAACGGUUAUUUCAACACUCCAAAUUCUGUAUGGACGUCCAGAACAAAUAGUGCAGAAUUUGAUCAUGAAGGUGCGCACGACUCCUGCUCCGAAGGUAGAUAAAAUGGAUUCGUUGAUAAGUUUUGGGUUGGUGGUACAAAAUCUUUGUGGACAUCUAAAGGCAGUCGGACUCGAUAAGCACUUAUCCAAUCCAAUGCUUUUACAGGAAUUGGUUGAAAAGCUCCCAGCAACCGUUAAAUUUAAUUGGGCUCUAUACCAACAGCAACUUACCACUGUUGAUUUGAGCAGCUUCAGCGAAUACAUGGCGAAGGUGGCAUCAGCGACAAGCAGUGUGGUAUUCGUUUCCGGUAGUACGGCGAAGGUGCCACGAGAAGAAACCAAAGGCAGACAAUCAAGAGAGAAGGUUUAUGUUAAUGCACAUUCGGUGGAUCAGGUACCUCUAGCAGUUAAAGGUAGACAAAAUUUUAGUAUGCAUCGCGAGAAGAAAACGGACAUAACAACAUGUCCUGUUUGUGGUGGAGAAAACCAUCAAGCUAGCAACUGUGCUACUUUCAAGAAAUUGACUAUAGAUGAUAGAUGGAAUAUUGUUAAAGAUCGUAAACUUUGCAGACGUUGUCUUACACCGCACACACGUUGGCCAUGUAGAGGCGAGAUGUGUGGUAUAAACAGCUGUCAUAAACGACACCAUCGGCUUCUGCACUAUGACCAACCGAAUGUCGAAUUCAAAUCGAAGGGAUCAACGUCAUCUGGAACUGUAACCAUACAUCGCCAAAUUUCAUCUUCCACACUGUUUCGUAUAUUGCCCGUAACGUUAUUUGGAUGCAGAGGACAAGUAAAUACGUUCGCCUUUUUGGAUGAUGGGUCAUCAGUGACAUUAGUAGAAAAGGCGAUUGCGGACACACUGGGAGUUCAUGGCAAACCGGAAUCACUUUGUAUUCAGUGGACGAGUGGUAUUAACAAAAAAUAUUCAAAUACGGAGCGAGUGAAUUUGGAUAUUGCAGGUAUGGGCAGCAAAAAACGAUUGAUUGCAUCUGAUGUUUAUACAGUUGAACAUCUUGGCUUGCCAGAGCAAACACUGAAUUACGAUGAGAUGGCCAAAGAAUACAAUCAUUUGAGAGGACUUCCUAUAAGUAGUUUUCAGUGUGCGGUACCAGGUAUACUCAUUGGCUUAAGCAAUACACAUUUAUUGGCGACACUUAAGCUGCGUGAAGGUAGACUACAUGAGCCUAUUGCUGCGAAGACUCGCAUCGGUUGGGCGGUAUUUGGAAAUCAACAUAGUGGCAAAUUUUCUGAUGCAAAUAAUUUCACACAUCGGCAGAUGCACAUAUGCUCCAAAACAUCGGACGACGAUCUUCAUAAGCUCGUUCGUGGGUUUUUCUCCGUUGAUAGUCUUGGCGUAGUAGCAGCGCCAACUGUAGAAAGUUCAGACGAUCAAAGAGCGCGGAAAAUAUUACAAGAUACGACCGUUCGUACCAAAAAUGGAAGGUUUUCCACUGGGCUGCUUUGGAAGCACGAUUUCAUCGAGUUUCCGGAUAGUCGUCCAAUGGCGGUGAAGCGUUUAAUAUGCUUGGAAAAACGAUUAACAAAGAACCCUCAGCUAUACGAUAACGUCCGCCAACAGAUUAACGAUUUUCAGCAGAAGGGGUACGCGCACAAGGCAACCGCUGAUGAAUUGUCUCGUUACGAUCCACUUCGUACUUGGUAUUUACCACUAGGAGUAGUUCUGAGUCCAAGAAAACCUGGAAAAGUUAGGCUAAUCUGGGAUGCAGCGGCAAAAGUGAACGGCGUAUCAUUGAAUACAAAACUCCUGAAAGGACCAGAUUUACUAACACCCUUACUAUCAGUAUUGUUUCAGUACAGGCAACGAAAGGUGGCCAUUUGCGCUGAUAUUAAGGAAAUGUUCCACCAGAUUCUAAUACGAGAGGAGGACCGUAGUGCACAACUUUUUCUGUGGCGCGAUGACAAGGAUAGUCCUAUGGAGACUAUGGUUACUGAUGUGGCGAUUUUUGGAGCGACGUGUUCACCAGCGCAAUCACAAUAUGUGAAGAAUUUAAACGCCUCAGAAAAUGAAAGCAAUCACCCGAGAGCCGCAGAGGCUAUAAAAUAUCGACAUUAUGUUGAUGAUUAUCUUGAGAGCGUUGAUACCGCAGACGAAGCCGUUGAGCUGGCGCUGGAGGUAACAAAGGUGCACGCAAAAGCUGGAUUUCUGAUUCGAAACUGGAUUUCAAAUGAACGAAGUGUGAUGGAAAAGAUUGGAGAAGUUAAUCCGACUACCGUUAAAAUUUUUGUUGGUAAUAAAGAAACUGAUUCCGAAAGAUUACUUGGAUUGAUAUGGCGGCCAGAAGAAGAUGCUUUCUCCUUUUCUUUAACGUUUCGUGAAGAGACCCGGAGAUUGAUAGAAGAAAAAAUCGUUCCAACCAAAAGAGAGUUAUUACGAGUAGUGAUGAGUCUCUAUGACCCACUUGGCCUUAUAGCGGCCUUUGUAAUACACGGAAAAAUCAUCAUGCAAGAGGUCUGGCGUUCUCGUACUGAUUGGGAUGAACAAAUUCCAGAGAAUUUGUUCCUGCGUUGGAAACAAUGGUUGGCAGUGCUCAAAAUUAUUGAGCGUAUCAAUAUUUCUCGUUGCUACUUUCCAGGGUACAGUGACGACGGUUUUGAUUCAUUGGGGCUGCAUGUGUUUGUUGAUGCGAGCGAACAAGCAUACGCCGCAGUAGCCUAUCUCAGAAUGGUUGAUCGAACGAAAGUACGAUGUGUUUUGGUUGCUUCAAAGACUAAAGUGGCUCCAUUACAGGCUUUAUCAAUCCCGAAACUAGAACUGCAAGCAGCUGUACUCGGUGCUCGAUUGAGAAAAACUAUUGAGGAGAAACACACGUUGCGUAUAAAGCAUAUCUUCUGCUGGACGGAUUCCUCUACAGUAAUGUCCUGGAUUCAAUCGGACUUACGUCGUUAUCGGCCAUACGUAGCAUUUCGAGUUAAUGAAAUAUUGAGUUUGUCCAGUAUUCGAGAGUGGAGGUGGGUACCAACAAGAUUGAACGUCGCAGACGAAGCCACAAAGUGGGGCAAAGGUCCAUCGUUCGAUCCUAAAAGUCGGUGGUACAGAGGCCCGGAAUUUCUUUAUGAUGCUGAAACAGAGUGGCCAAAGGAUUGCCGAAAAAUCGAAGAAACGGAGGAGGAGCUUCGACCUGCUUUCGUUUUCACGCACCACGUUAUUAAUCCUGCUGUUGCAUUGGGUAGGUUCUCUAAAUGGGAACGCUUACUGCGGUGUAUUGCUUAUGUACAUCGGUAUAUCGGUAACUGUCGUCGAGCCAAUUUGAAAUUACCGCGGGAAACAGGAGUAUUAACUAGUGAAGAACUGAAAAUGGCGGAACGUAGCUUAUGGCGUUUAGCGCAAUCGGAAGAGUUUCUCGAUGAGGUCGCAAUUUUAAAAUGGAAUCAGCAGAAACCAAAAGAGGACCAAAGACCGUUAGAAAGGAAUAGUACGAUCGCUCAUGCAACUCCAGCUCUCGAUGAAUUCGAAAUCAUGCGAGUAGAUGGACGAACGGAAAAUGCAGAUUAUCUCUCCUAUGAUGCAAAAUACCCUAUCAUAUUGCCGAAGAAUCACCGUGUAACCAAAUUGUUACUGGAUUGGUACCAUCGAAAGUUCCGGCAUGCUAACGAAGAGACUGUUUUGAAUGAGAUCAAACAACGAUUCUACAUUCCACGAUUACGGGGCACUGAUACCAAACGAUGCUAUAAAAGUCAUGAGAAUUCUCCCGAAUAG